GGUUGAUGAUAUGUUCCUCUGUAUGAGUCCGUUGACACCACUGCUUUUCGACUUCUAUUACCUAUCGACGACGUGUAUACUUUAAGCUUUAUUUCUCUUUCGCUUGACUGAAUCCAGAUAAUACCCUGGUACCUGUCUUUCACCUCUUACCUAACAUUCUUUGUUCUGUUUUCCGUGAUUCAGACUCAAAUGACAGGUGUCAUCUUCUUGCAUGUUACCGGCACAGGUUUCUUGUUUGUUUUACGUCUUAUCAGAUAAGAUGUAGAUGCUGCUUACCCCGCAUUUCCCCACUCCGAUUUUAAUUUUGCUCACAUGAACGGUCAUGCACUUGUUCCUCGGAUCCCCACAGUUGCCGGAACGCCGUGCGGAGAAGCCCUCAGUUUUGCAUUGGCCCCCAUUGGCCUUCUCUUGAGACCUUUUAGACUUCAUCUGGCUGAGAAGGUAAGACUUCUCCACAAUUCAAUUGCCAUGAAUUCCUUCCAGCCCACUGUCGAGAGCUUACCCCCUACGAGCGUCACGUACAGGUUACGCCUUCCCCAAGGCCUUCCAGUACACAAACAGCCGUUGAACCCACUCUCAUUUUUGCUUCGAGCUGCGCAAGUAUAUCCUAACCGGUUAGCCAUCGCACAUCCGGAUGUACAGUUCCCGGUGUAUUACAGUUAUGCUACAUGGGCACAGCGCAUACAGAAUCUUGCGUAUGCGUUAAUUCAAGCGGGUAUUCAACCUGGUGAUAGAGUCGCUGUCAUUGCACCUAAUUCCCCCGUGAUAGCUGAGGCACACCAUGGAGUACUCGCUGCCCGAGCAAUCAUUUGUCCCAUCAACACUCGCCUUACACCUGCCGAGGUUGCGUAUAUCCUAGAUCAUAGCGGGUCAAAGCUCAUUAUCGUUGACCACGAGUACGUUCGACUGGUACAAGGCGUGAAGACUCCGGUCAUUGUGUCGAAUGACUCAGGACGCGUUGGUGAUUCCUAUGAAGCGUUCUUGAGCUCUGGAAGGCAUUUCAGUCAGGAGAGGGGUUGGCUUGGGUUAGAGUGGGAGCCCAAUGAGGACUCUCCGGCAGCAUUGUGCUAUACAUCUGGGACAACUGGCCGACCGAAGGGCGUUAUAACGACACUUAGAGGAUCAUACUUGGCUGCAGUUGCCAACGCGUACGAGACGAAAAUGAGCAUGGAGUCUGUCUACCUAUGGAUUCUUCCUAUGUUCCAUGCAUGUGGCUGGACAUAUCCUUGGGCAGUUACUCUUGCAUGCGCUGGUCAGAUUACGCUUCGCACUGUAUCAUACCCUCUCAUAUGGAACCAUUUGCUGAAUUCGGGCGUCACACAUUAUUGCGGAGCUCCCACUGUUCAGAUUGGUUUGGUAAGCGCACCUGAGGCUCGACCGUUACCAAGACCAGUUUCGGCAAUAACGGCGGGGUCCGCACCAACUGCCCAGUUGAUUGGAGACCUUGAGAAAUUGGGUAUCACGGCUGUACAUGUUUACGGCUUAACCGAGACAUAUGGCCCCUUUACCAAAUGCUACUUCCAACCACUAUGGAAGGACCUUUCUCCAGAAGAGCGAGCCAGAUAUCUAGCUCGUCAAGGUCAUAGCUUCUUGACUGCAGAAGAGGCGCGGGUUGUCUAUCCGCUAAAGGAGGGUGAGAACCUUGAUUCCGAACUUGUGGAUGUUCCUAGGGACGGCAAAACUAUUGGUGAAGUCGUUACGAGAGGAAACAUCGCUAUGAAAGAGUAUUUCCAAGAUCCUGAGGCAACUCGGAAGGCUUUUCGCGGGGGUCAUUUUAAUAGUGGAGAUCUGGCUGUCAUACACCCAGAUGGGUACAUUUCCAUCCAAGAUCGAAGCAAGGACAUCAUCAUCUCUGGCGGCGAGAAUGCAUCAAGCCUUGCUAUCGAACAGGAGCUGGCCAGUCACCCCGACGUUCUUGAGGUUUCCGUUGUUGCCCGGCCUCAUCCCAAGUGGGGCGAACGUCCUAUGGCAUUUGUGAUUCUCAAGAAGGACGCUGUGAAGAAAUGGGAAGGAAAACACAAGGACUUCGAAGCUGACCUGAAGAGACAUGUCAAGCCCCGUCUUCCGGGAUUCGCAUGCCCUGAGUGGGUGAAGGUGGUGGACGAAUUGCCUAAAACCUCGACAGGCAAGAUUCAGAAGAUGGAAUUGCGGAAGAUUAUUGCAAAGCUUUGAAAUCAGUCGCUUGAACUGCAGUAAUACAUGGAGCUGAAUAUAUUACUAUUUACCAUACCCACAUUUGUGACAUAUGUAUCAUUAGAUCUUUUGGACAAAGAAUUCGGGUCCUUUUUGUCGUCGUGCUUUCGAGUUUGCUCGAGAAGGCCGAGCCUGACAAAUAUGAAU